GGGAGAGGACUUUCUAAUAUAAUUUGAGCAAAGCACCUUCAAAUUUCAGCAUGUGGAAGCUUCUGGUCUUCUUUGCUUGCAUGAUUACAGAUGUUGGUUCAGAUGUUGUUGGUAAUCCAACUUCAAUAACUGGAUACAGAGAAAAGACACUUGACAUCAGCUGUCCCUAUGAAUCUGGAUAUGAAAGAAAUGUAAAGUAUUUUUGCAAAGGGGAGUGUUUCUUAGAUAGAAACAUCAUCAUUGAAUCUGGAUCUCCAGCUAAAGACGAGAGAUUCUCUCUGACUGAUGACACAACAGCAAGAGUUUUCACUGUCUCCAUCACUGAUCUGAGAACAGAGGAUGAGGGCAAAUACUGGUGUGCAGUCCGGAGGUCUUUACAAACUGAUGUCUAUUCAGAGAUAAUGUUGCUUGUUAAAACUGAUAACAUGAUCACCGAGGUGUCAACCAUCACCCCCUUUUCAAAAAACACACCGUCCUAUUUCAGUAUUUCAUCACUGAAUCCACAAUCCAGCAAAACCCCACACACAGAUCAGUCUCCUUCCUCAACAGGUCACGUUGUUAUUUUCAUCAUUGCAGCGGUUUUGCUUUUGCUCCUCAUUGGUCCUUUGGUUAUAGUGUUCAUCCGAAUGAAAUCUUGUGAUCUGAUCUCCUCUUCUGCUGAAGGGAUUUGUCCUGCAUUUAGAAAAGGAGAAGAGAUAGAAAAUGAGAAUGUGACCUCAAAAGUCCUUCCAGGUUCACCAACAGCUGAUAAUGAUGAAACUUCUGCUGCAGAUGAGUGUCACCGACCUAUAACCACCGAACCAGGAAACAUGGCCGAUCCUCAUAAGGAUUCCAACUACAUCAAUGUUUCCCCACCAGCAACAUAUUAUUUGGAUCAAGAACUUGAUUCCAGUAGUAGGAAUCAUGUGUAUCAGUGUCUUACAAUUGAUUCUGGUCAACAGUCGGUCUAUCACAGUAUUAAUCGAACUGCAGACUGA